AUGUUACAACGACUCUUAGCUUCUAGAGCUUUGAGUGUUUCUAGAAGCUUUUUCAGAUAUGGAAUUUCUGGUUUAUAUCGAUGUUUGAGUUCGAAACCCAAGAUAACCAUGGAAGGUCCAAAUGAGUACUCUUCAAUAGACAGCGAUAAAGCUCCAAGUAGUGAAAAGUCGCAAUUAUUUUAUGCGUAUCGCAGUGAGGGAGAAACUUUUGGGCAGAUGGUGAAUGAGACAAUCAAUGGGAGAAACCCGUUACAUAAUUCUCAUGUUGUGAGUCGGGAAGAGGCUGAGAGAGGUGUCGAUCCAAGAUAUAGAGACACUGAGACUGGUGAGUUAUUGGAUGGAGCUACAAGCAGCGAAGCUCGGUUGGAUAUAAAGACAUUAAAGGGUAGAGUCAACAGAGUACAAAUUGCGGUUCCUGAAGAGCUAUCUACAGUGAUAGCCAACAAUAUAUUGUAUGCUUAUGAACCUAAGCAUCUAAAGCAGCAAUGUGCCCAAUAUUAUAUGGACCUAAAUGAUGAAGUAGUUCAAACGAAGUGCGAAACCGAGUUGGAGACAGACGUCAGUAUAGCCACCACCUUUGCGCAGAACUACGCUGUUGCUUAUCAAGUAUUGGACGAGCUUAGACGUCGAGUUGGUGAAGAUAAAUUUCAUCCAACUAGAAUACUUGACUAUGGUUACGGUCCCGGUGUGGGGAUGUUAGCCCUUAAUGAGUUGAUGGGAGAUGAUUUCAAUCCUGAUGCUAAGGACGUGAUGAUUAACGGGUGCUUUCAUAUGACUAGGCGUGCCAAGCUACUACUCAGUAGGCAAGCUAGUGAGUAUUAUGGAAGAGGAAAGGACGAGAAGGAGGAGGAGGAGGGGGAUGGGGAGAGCACUAAGGAGAUAAUGAAAGAUGAGGAGAAACGGGAAGAUGGAGAGGCCCAUUCAUCCACUUCCCUUGAUCCAACCGUUGUCGAUGAUUACGUUGGAAAGGUCAAGACCAAAGAUAUCCACAUUAAAACAAUUCUCCUGAAUAGGUUCCGUCCGAAGUCAAAGAAAUACGAUCUUAUUAUUGCUGAAAAUCAGCUUCUUACGGGAAAGGAGCACUUUCCUCACCAAGUUGAUCAACAAUUGGAAGAGCUAGUCCACAGAUUAUUACCUGGUGGACAUUUGGUUCUUCUACAGAGAGGAAAUCCGUUGGGAGCAGAGGUUAUAGCUCGGGCAAGACAAGUUAUGAUGAGACCAGAAAACAACGAAGGUAAACUGGCCAAGAUUCCAAGAGAAUAUAAGAGUCGUGGGCAGCUUGCGACAGAGAAGCAGGUUGGUUUGGACAAAGAAAGUGAGGAAGAGGCCAUGAAGGAUAUUGAGCCUGAACUACUUGAGAACUAUGAUAUAGUUGAGAAAGAGGCUAAGCCGGACGCUGCCGAAGAACCUAUAAACCUCAAAAUAAUGGCUCCAUGUCCUCAUCAUGGCAAAUGUCCGCUUCAGUUCUUCAAACCUCAGUACUAUGAGUUUGGACAAGUUGGCAAGAAGUUAAAAUUUUGCAGUUUUGCCAUAAAUGUGGCCAGACCUCCUUAUUUACUAGAACUGAAAAGGGGUUCUAGACUUGCCACUACAUGGUCGAGUUCAAGUAGUGGUAUGGGAAUUAAAGGUCAGGCAAAACCGGGAAAAGGACGACCUUAUGGGCUUAACUACGAAACUGCAAGUUAUUCCUAUUUAAUUGUGGAGAGGUCAGACGAGAAUCCACUGUUGUUGCAGCAGCAAAGAGAUGCUGAGACAAUUUCCAGACAAGUUGGAUUUAGGUCUGACUUGUUAGAUGAGAGGCCAAGAGUGUUGGCUCCUCCUGUAAAACGGAAAGGUUUAGUAUGUUUGGAUGUAUGUGCACCUUCUGGACAUGUAGAGAAAUGGUAUGUAUCGAAAUCAGUUGGAAAGCAGGAGUAUCAUGACGCUAGAAAGGUGAAAAUGGGAGAUAUAUGGGCAUUGGGUGCUAAAUCUAUGAUCCAAUCAAAGAAGGAGAACUCGUUUUAUUUUGAGAGACUAGAAAAGAAAGAAGAGGCACUACGAGAGAAUAAGAAGAGAGAUGCCGAAAAGCUCAAAAGAAAGAUUCGUAGGGAGUAUAAGGAAGCCGUGGCAAGCGAUCCGAAAUCGGACGAUUUGGGGGAAAAGCUUACAAGAAUGGCACGUAUAGAUGCAUACCAGUUCUUGGCCAAGCCCAAAGAGCAGCAGAGAAUUACAGAUAAGCGGAGAUAUAAGUAG